GUAUAUCUUUUCCUCAUGUUGAUCUCCAGUAAGCAGUUGCCGAUCGGCCGCUCCCAGAGCUGGGACACGCUGGGUGGGAAUGAGGGUCAUUGGGAGCGCAGUGACAGUGUUUACGAGCAGCAGGCCCGGAUGGCUGGUCGACGCAACUCGCUGAGCUACGGAGCGGAUGCAGGAGGGGGAUGGUAUGAACCAGCGCCUGGAGUGCGUCCCCCUGACCUCGAUUUGAAACGGGAGCCAGACGCCUAUCAGGAAUCUCUUUAUAACCAAGGCUAUUUGGAUCGCCCGGACCCCCGUAACAUAAGAAAGAGCUCCGUUCCUGAGUUGAAUAGUCAUUAUGACCGACAACCAACAGCUCAUCGUGGUUCGUUGCCACCCCAUGACUAUUAUCAGCAAGACACAGGCAUGCCAUCCCGGCCAACAGAGGGUUUCUAUCGUGGAGAGCAGCCUCAUUCACUCAAUAGAUCAUCUUCACAUUAUGGAAUGAUGGCAGGUCCUCGGCAGAUUUGGGAGCAGAGUUCAGGAGGUCGACCUGGUUCUGUAGCCCCAACACCAGGUGUACCUCCUCCCCCACCUCCAACUGUUCAUGACAUGGGUCGUAUUUACAGAGAGCCAUCCCUGUCUGGACUCCCACCUGCUACUCCUGGCACCAAAAUGAUGCAUGAUGGGCAGCGCAUUCCAAGCAGAGCACCAUCUCCGGCUCGUUAUAUAAUGGAGCCAAAUUCUCCUCGUUACGCUACUGAGCCUCCUCCCUCUCUAACUAGCCAUACAGUCUACAGUGAUGUUAACGGAAGGCCAAUUGAUCCUCAUCAGCCAACAGCCACAUGCCUGGUGGUUGAUCCAGUUGCUCAAGGAAUGGAUGGAACUUCCCGAGGUAUAAGGCCUCAGAUCAUGAACGGCCCCAUGCACCCCCGGCCGCUGGUGGCUCUGCUGGAUGGGAGAGACUGUACUGUGGAGAUGCCCAUCCUAAAGGAUUUGGCAACCGUGGCAUUUUGUGAUGCACAGUCUACGCAGGAAAUCCAUGAGAAGGUGUUGAACGAGGCGGUGGGUGCAAUGAUGUACCACACCAUCACACUGACCCGAGAAGACCUGGAGAAGUUCAAAGCUCUCCGGAUCAUCAUCCGUAUCGGCAGCGGAUACGACAACAUCGACAUUAAAGCAGCUGGAGAGAUGGGUAUUGCGGUGUGUAAUAUCCCGUCGGCUGCAGUGGAAGAGACGGCAGACUCGACGCUCUGCCACAUCUUGAAUCUGUACCGCAGGAACACGUGGCUGUAUCAGGCCAUGCGGGAGGGCACACGAGUGCAGAGCGUGGAGCAGAUCAGGGAGGUGGCAUCAGGAGCCGCACGAAUCAGAGGAGAGACGCUCGGACUCAUCGGCUUCGGUCGAUCGGGGCAGGCAGUGGCAGUUCGAGCAAAAGCGUUUGGCUUCAACGUGAUCUUUUACGACCCGUAUCUACAAGACGGAUUAGAGCGAUCGCUGGGCGUGCAGAGAGUUUACACCUUACAGGACCUGCUGUACCAGAGCGACUGUGUGUCUCUGCACUGCAACCUGAACGAACACAACCAUCACCUCAUCAACGACUUCACCAUCAAACAGAUGCGACAGGGAGCGUUUCUAGUGAACACAGCUCGCGGUGGUCUGGUGGAUGAGAAAGCUCUGGCUCAGGCUCUGAAAGAGGGCAGGAUACGCGGCGCUGCCCUGGACGUUCACGAGUCUGAACCCUUCAGUUUUACUCAGGGUCCUCUGAAGGACGCGCCCAAUCUGAUCUGCACCCCUCACACAGCCUGGUACAGUGAGCAGGCCUCACUAGAGAUGAGAGAGGCAGCGGCCACUGAGAUCCGCAGAGCCAUCACCGGUCGUAUUCCAGACAGUCUUAGAAACUGCGUCAACAAAGAGUUUUUUGUGACUACGGCGCCGUGGGGGGUGAUGGAGCAGCAGGUUCAUCCGGAGCUCAACGGCGGAGCCUACAGGUUUCCUCCAGGAGCGGUGGGUGUUUCUCCUGGUGGCAUGGGUGGACAGAUAGAGGGCAUGAUGCCAGGCGGGCUGCCCAGCGCCCAUCCCCUCCCGCCCGGCACCCAGCCCAGCCUAGCCCCGUCGCCCACCCAGCUCCUCAAACACAACGACCAUAGAGAACACCUCGCCAAAUCCUAACCAGUCAUUCAGCAAAACUGCAAAUCAAAGAGACUAAGAGACAGUGAAAAAGGGGUGAACAAGCAAUCAGCUGCACCGGAAAACACACACACACUUCACAGACGUCUCUCCACUGUCGUCUUCAGCGUUUUACUGUUCAUUUCUGUCGUUCUGUGAAGGGGAGGAGAUCGUAUAUAUAUGUUCCAAUGCAAGUAGGCGGUGCUUUUUUGUCAAAAGGGGUGUGGCUAACUAACCACGCCUCCCUUUCCCACAAAACUCGCAGUUGAAAAUGUUGACAGAUCUCAUACGCCACGCACUUCAUGUCUUCCUCCAUCAGGAAGAAGAAACGGGACUCACAAUUUAUUCAGUUAUCCUUAUUCUUUCUUUACAUCUGCAGAAUUAGUGCUCGUCUUUGUUUCAGUGUUUAAAAAAGUGCUUGAUAAUGAUUCAAAUAUAAAUAUAUAUAAAUAUACAGUGUAUCUAUUAAAAGAAAAGAGAGAGAGGGCCAGAAAUGAAGGUGAUAGUGUAAUUAUUAGCUUUUUUCCGGAUGUUUUUUGCGUAGCUGAUCUCGUUUACAGAAUUGCACAAAUUCAACAAGCACCAGCUCAGAAACCACUCCGUCUUUUAGAGCACACUAUUUUACUGAUCGAUUCAGUUCAUUUCAGUGACUUGAAAUGCAAACGUCAGGUUCUUAAGAUAUAUCAAGUUUUCCAGAAAAAUAAAUGGCAAUUUGGAUUUGAGUGCAUGUCAACGUUUGAUUUGAUUUGAUUCUUUGUGUCUGAAAUCCCACUAAAUUGAUGGCAGCUCACACAGAAAAAGGGACUGGAGUGAAAAACCGCCCCGUCUCAGGAAGAACAUUCACCGGUUACUCCAAAACACACACACACACACACACACACACACACACACACACACACAUCCAAAUCCCCUUGCUCCUUCUCAUCAGCCUAUACCCGAGGUAUUUUUAUAGAUCUGACAUCAUCCAGUGCGUUUAUUUGGUGUUGAAUGUAUGGCAGUUAAAUUAGAUUUGUAUCGUCUAGUUUAAUGUUUUUUGUAACCAUAUUUUCCUGUGAUCCUCUCCCUGUUUCUUUUAUUUGAUUUUUAUUUGAUUUUUUUGGGGUUCUUUAUGUGGAAGCGCACUGUUCGGAGCUCAUUGUGUUGUUUAUAUGCAAUAUUCUGAGAUCCUCGGCCAACUCCAGUCAGGUUGGCUCCAGAACUGUAGGUUUGGUUUUUAGUGUGAGUAUUUGUAUUUGUUUAUUGUACCGAGGUGAACAUUUAGCAUACAGUACAGUUCAAAUAAAAAUACCAUUCUGA